AUGCCUUCGCCCAUCGACCCGCUCUCGCUCCCGAACAACGCGGCCUCCUGGUGGUUCCGCGACCCAGGCCUGCGCGCGCUCGCGUGGCCCAUUGUCGUCGGCUUCGCAUCCACAAUCUCGGCAGGCUACGACGGCUCGUGCAUGACCGGUCUGCAGGCGAACAAACGCUACUUCAUGCCGGCGAUCGACAACCCCGACGCGAACAAGCUCGGUAUCAUCGUAGCCGCGUACACGCUCGGCGCGCUCCCCGGCCUCCUCCCCGCGUCGUACUUCGCCGACCGGUGGGGCCGGCGCGUCGCCCUGGGUAUGGGGUGUGUCAUAAUCAUCGCAGGCGGGCUCGUGCAGGCACUCACCACGGGCGGGUGGCAUAUGUUCGCCGGCCGCUUCAUCGUCGGGCUCGGCGGAGUCAUCGCAUCCAUUUCCGGAACCCCUUAUGCUGCGGAGAUCGCGCAUCCGCGUAAUCGCGCACAGGUUGGCGCGCUGACAAACACUUGUUGGUACGUCGGGUCAAUCAUCGCGGCGUGGACGGCGUUCGGGACGUCGUUCUGGGCCAACGAGUGGUCGUGGCGCCUCGUCUGCCUCAUGCAGGUCGUACCGCCGGCGUUCCAGCUCGUCUCGCUCCCAUUCCUGCCUGAGUCGCCGCGCUGGCUCGUUUCCAAGGGGCGGUACGAGGAGGCCCACGCCCUACUGGCACGCUACCACGCCAACGGGGACCGCGAGGACGCACUCGUCCUCUUCGAGCUGCAGGAGAUCAAGGAGGCGCUCGCGGCGGAGAAGGCGGCCACCCAAGGCGUGGGAUACAGUGCGUUCCUGAAAACCCCGGGUAAUCGGCACCGCCUCGCGAUCCUCAUCAUGGUUGGCCUGUUCUCGCAGUGGGUCGGCAACGGGAUCAUCUCGUACUAUCUCGUCUCGAUUCUCGAGAGUGUUGGGAUCACCUCCGAAGCACAGCAGCAGGGAUACAAUGGGGGCCUGCAGAUCUACAACUGGCUCAUGGCGAUCGCGGGCUCGCUGAGCUGCGAGCGCGCCGGCCGGCGCCGCUUGUGGCUCACCUCCGCCGUAGGCAUGUUCUUCUCCUUCAUCGUGAUUAUGGGCUGCUCCGCAGCCUACGAUCUCGGACUGCACUCCGCCGGCCCCGCCGUCCUCGCGUUCCUCUUUGUGUAUUUCGGCUUCUACGACAUCGCGUUCACAGGCCUCACGCUCGCAUACCCCCUCGAGAUCCUGCCGUAUUCGCUCCGCACCCGCGGCCUCGCCAUCCUCCAGUUCUGGGUCACUGUCGCUCUCUGUUUCAACCAGUACGUGAACCCCAUCGCUCUCCAGGCCAUCGCGUGGAAGUACUAUUCCGUCUACAUCGUCGUGCAGGCCGUCGCAGUCGUGUGCAUCUACUUCUGGUUCCCCGAGACACGCGGGUUGCUCCUCGAGGAGGUCGCGACGGUGUUUGAUGGCCCGAACGCGGUGACUUCUCAGCAGGAGACCUCGGAGGGCAAAAAGAGGACCUCAAUUGAGCAUAAUGAGGUGUUGGGUGGACGUGACUACGGCGACGCCCGUGCAGCUUGAGGAAGAGUACGAGUAUGUGACGGGGGAUGUCCAUACGCUUCUUUUAAUUGUCUCGCUUAGAAGCGUG